UGGAGACGAUCUACACAAUGGUGACGUGAGAGUAAAAAAAGAAAAGAAAAAUGAAAAUACCAAAAAGAAAACUAUUCCUUCUCAUUAUUUUUGCUUACGUGGCAUUUUCACUCUAUGCGGCAUAUAAUGUCUUCUUCAGCACCAAAGUAAUCUCCCGCGUUCACAGGGUGGUGAAGAAAGAAACAGGAGCACCCUCGGGUGUUGUCAGAGAUGGUGGUGCAGUUGCUCCAUUUUUAGCAGAUGAGUGGAAUCCGUGGGAGGAUGAGCAGGUGGAGUACAACUCUGCUCUGAACAAAAAGAGAGAGACCUUUAAGCAGUAUGUGGGUCGAAUUGACAAGAGCAAACCCAAAAGAUACAAGGUCCAAAUCUGGGGGAAAGCUGCCAUAGGGCUUUACCUGUGGGAACAUAUUUUAGAAGGACCCCUCAACCCUACUGACAAGGUAGCACAAUGGAGAGAGGGGGAGCUGCAGUCAGGAAAGAUUGAUUUCAGUUUCUACACAGGUCCUGCUGUGGUCCAGGGUCACGUCCCUCUGGACAUGAACAGCCUGGUUCUGGUCCUGAAUGGCCGCGAACAGCAGAAAGUCUCUUACUCCACACGAUGGCUGGAGCAUGUUCAAUCUCUAGUUCAGUCCCGCACAGUGUUGCAUGUGGCUGUGGUCAUGCUGGGCAACGAGCGCUGCAACAACGACUGGAUUGGCCCAUACUUAAAGAGAAACGGUGGCUUUGUGGACCUGCUGUUUCUAGUCUACGACAGCCCCUGGGUCAAUGACAAAGAUGUCUUCCAGUGGCCUCUUGGUGUUGCUACAUACAGGCAGUUUCCUAUGAUCAGGCCAAAUGCACAGUUGAUUACCUCCAACAGGCCAUACCUCUGCAAUUUCCUAGGAACUGUUUACAAAAACUCCUCCCGGGAAACACUCAUGCAGGUGCUGAAACACUCAGGCCUCGAUAAGGAAUGCAUCACCACUGCCAGGGAGAAGUGGCUCCCUCAGGAGACAGCAGACAGUUUGAGACGCUAUCAGACAGCUCUGGCCCAGAGUGAGCUCACUCUCUGCCCAGUUGGAAUCAACACUGAGUGCUACCGCAUCUAUGAAGCCUGCUCUUAUGGCUCAGUGCCCAUAGUGGAAGAUGUACUGACACCUGGCACCUGUGCGGCAGGGCCCAGCUCCCCACUGCGUCUCCUCAAAGCGGCAGGGGCACCCUUCAUCUUCAUCAGUGACUGGAAAGAACUGCCGGCCAUCUUGGAGAGGGAGAGAGGGAUGAGCCAGGAGCAGAGGGUGGACAGGAGGAGGAGGCUGUUGGAGUGGUAUGCCAGUUUCCGUCAGCAGAUGAAAGAGAGGUUUGCUGAGGUCAUCGAGGAGACUUUCUUCAAAAGCGUCUGAUUGUGGUGCUUAAUUAACAAACCUUUAAAAGAUCAACAGGGAUAACACUUAACGGUGAUUUAAUUUAUUUAGUGUGGAGAAAUGUGAUGUACUACUGGAAUAGUGAACCUGGUGAUGUUCGUGUAUUAUUCCUGUGCAGUUUAUUAAAAAAAUAAUAUGUCUGUAGUAAAGUUUCAAACCUGCCAACACUUGUCAGUUUAAGUCCUGUAAAGGGCUUCAUGACAUAAUUGUAUAUUUAUUACCUUAAUGUUUACAAUUGUGGAAUGUCCUGGCAUUUAGAGAUCAUGAAUAAUGAGCUGCCUUUGCAUUUCCUUGCAAGUCCUUGCAUUAUUUUAAGUAUGUUUUAUAUCUCUGUUUGUAUGCACUUCAUAUUGUAAAUUUUAGGAAACACUAAACAUUAGGUGUAGAAUGAGAUGAUAAUGUGUUUUAGGCUGUGUUUGAAAAUGGUACAUAAAUCUAUUUUGUAUUGUGAGCAGCUAGAAAAUGGAUGUUGUUUGUGUGGCAUGUGUCGCUUCUGGUAAAAAAAAAA